CUAGAGUUUUCUCGAUGUUUCCUCCCGGGUCUAUUUUGAUCACGGACCACACAUUCGCAGCGACAACUGUUUUGUACGAUUUCUCUACGUUUUUCUCUUUUUUAAGUAAUCAAUGGAUGUUCCAGGACCAAAUAAAGAUAACAUCAGAGCGGGGUGCAAGAAAUGUGGAUAUCCGGGGCAUUUGACUUUUGAAUGCCGAAAUUUCAUAAGAGUUGACCCUCAGAAAGACAUUGUAUUGGACGUGAGCAGCACCAGCACAGAGGAAAGUGAAGACGAUGAGCCCGUGCAGAUCAACGAGAGGCAACGUAAAGGUAACGAUGACCGAAAACUAAGGCUCAAGCGCAAGAAAAGCAAGGACCGCAAGUCGAGAAAAAGAUCCCCCUCAUCUUCAUCAAGUGAUGAAGAGACGCCAAAAAAGAAAAAGAAGAAAGACCGAUCCAGCUCUGACAGUGAUGAGCAAUCCAAGAAGAAGAAACUGAAAAGCCACAAAAAGAAAAGUAAAAAGAAUAAAAAGGACCACAGCAAACACGAUAAAAAAAAGCAUAAGAAGAGAAAACAUGAAUCUUCCUCUUCGUCAAGCAGCAGCCAAUCCUCAGACAGUGACUGAUUAUGAAUGACUAAUAACCAAAUGUCAAAUUUUUGGUUAUACACCACAAACCUAUAGGUUUCUAGGUAGAUCGGGGACCAAAAACCCAUCAUUUUAAGUGAAAAUGUUUAUGAUGGAUGAAAGUGAAAAUUUAAUGUCCAUUUCUCUUAUUGCAUUUUUUAAAAACAAAACAGUAAUAAAAACGGUUUGUGAAAUGGUGUGCAUAUUACCAUUAACAUAA